UUUGCAAGCAGUCAUUAUCGCUAUAAGUGAUUUUUCAGUCACAGCGAUAAAUUCAGCGGUAGUGAAAUAUCGCUCAUCACUAAAAACAGCUGACUUUGAGUGUGAGAAAAUGAAACAGAAUUUUUUACAAAAAUGCCGGGUAAAAGGAGACCGUGGCGCAAGGAAUUGAAAAAACAACAACGAAAACGCAAAAGGCGAAGUGCUGCCAUAGCACGGGAUCAGCUAUUAGAAGAAGAAGAGGCAAAGAAACUCCAAGAUCCCGCCUAUCAGCAGUAUUUACAGCAGCAAUCGCUACUUGAAGAGCACAAACAACGCGAAAUUGAACGCAUACAUGACGCAGAAGAGGAGGCUUGGCUGCGACACGACCUAUUAGCGCAUCGUCAAUUCCGACUGCAACAACAACAGCGUGCUGCUGCAGAGGCGGCUGCCAACGCUAUACGUGCACAACAAGAAAAAGAAUUGUUGGCUAAGUUAGCAGAGGAGCAACGACGACGAGAUGAACGUGAAAAAUGUGAAGCAGCUGCAGCUGCUGAAUUUGAGAAAAUGUUGCAGUGUAUGGAAACAUUUCUCAACAGUGAAGGUGAGCCACCACCUGCACUGCGUCGUGUAGUAGAAACGCGCCCCGGACAGUCAUUAUGUGCCUUAUAUGAACGUACGAAUUGUUGCCGUUUUGGGCCGACAUGUAUUAAGAAUCAUCGUCGUCCAUUACUCGCCAAUAUCAUUGUCGUGCGUAACUUCUUCAUGCAUCCACUAUUAGAAGAUGAGAAUGAGCAUGAAGAAUACGCGCAUGCAGAUGGCAACCUGGAGUUAAGUGAACAAGAUCUAUGUGAAGCUUACAAUGAAUUCUUUGAAGAUGUGUUGCCUGAAUUCGAAGCGUUCGGUUAUAUACAGAACUUUCGGACAUUGCGAAAUACCCUGCGAUAUCUACGCGGCCAUGUGUUUGUGGAGUAUGUGGAGGAAAGAUCUGCUUUAAAAGCUUUUAUAAAACUACAAGGACGUUAUUACGCCGGCAAGCAAUUAAAUGUUGAAUUUGCGAACAUACCGACGUGGCGUAAUGCAAUCUGUGGUUUAUCACAUACGCGUAAAUGUCUCAAAGGCAACAAAUGCCCUUACUUACAUUUGUUUAAUAAUCCAGGCAAUAAGUACAAUACACCAAUGAGCAUAAAUAGAACGCCUAGUAUUAAGGCCUAUAUGGCCACACCGUUGCUAAGCUGGAAUACGGUGACAGCAAGUGAUGUGAGGCAGAGUUCGCGCAAUUGGCGUUGGUCCGAGAGUCCUGAAGUGGAAGUAUCUGCAGUGAAGGAUGAAUUGGAAAGUAGUGAGAAAGAAAGCAACAACACAAAUCAGAACAGUGAUACUGAAAUUAAAGGAAGAAGACUUGAAAUUGCCGAAACCUUGAUGGUCGAGCAAAGGGUUGCGAAGGCUCAAACAGACUUAAAUAAAAAACAUAAACGCAAAAAACACAAACAUGAACGUGAUAAAGCACAUAAAAAGCAUAAAAAGAAGCACACGAAGCACAGUUCCGACAGCAAAGAUAGUGAUGCCGAACAUCGCGAUAAACACAAGGGCAGCAAAAGUGAGAAGAGAAGUAGCAGUAGACAUAGAGGAUCUACUGGGAAAGAUCAUGGUAAAGAGGAACGCAAAGAAGAAAGGAAGAAGCGAAAGCACUCGAAUGUAGCAGAAAAGAUAACAUAAAGAUGAAUUGACUCGUUUCGAAAGGUACGCUUCUGGGUAUUCGUAAAUUGAUUCCAAUUUAAUAAUGCUUUGAAGGUUUCCGACUAGAUGCGCUCCCUUGACUGUAUAUUAUAUUAAAUUUUAUAUAUAAAUUAUAUACUUUCUACAAAUAAUAAAGUGCUGUUGUAA